AUGCCAAAAAUAAGGAGAAGUAGAAAACAACCACCGGAUGGAUGGGAAUUGAUUGAACCAACAUUGGAGGAGUUGGAGCAGAAAAUGCGAGAAGCAGAAACAGAACCACACGAAGGGAAGCGCAUCAAUGAGAGCCUCUGGCCAAUCUUCAAGAUUCACCACCAGAAAUCACGCUACAUCUACGAUCUCUUCUACCGUCGAAAGGCUAUAAGUCGUGAACUGUACGAGUAUUGUCUCAAGGAGAAGAUUGCCGAUGGGAAUCUCAUUGCCAAGUGGAAGAAGUCUGGGUAUGAGAACCUCUGCUGCCUACGAUGCAUCCAAACCAGAGAUACGAAUUUCGGCACAAAUUGCAUCUGUCGCGUUCCAAAAUCUAAACUAGAAGAAGGCCGAGUAGUUGAGUGUGUUCACUGUGGAUGCAGAGGAUGUUCCGGAUAACGUAGAUGCUCACAACAAAGCCUAACCAGAAGUCAUUUCAAUAAAAUUACACGUAUGAGGA